CCAUUUCCUCUACCAGAGUUUGACACAAAAACUCACACCACAGGGUUAGGGUUCAUCCGUUUCAACCCACAUUCUCAGAACUCAGAAGCACCGUUUCUCCGAUCAACAUGGUGAAAACGAAGCCAGGCAAGUACGACGUGGACUCCUACACCAUCAAAGACACCAACACGGUCGUCAGAGCCGGCGACUGCGUUCUGAUACGGCUGCCCUCCGACACCUCGUCGUCGAGGCUUCUCCACUCCCUAGCCCGCGUGGAGAACAUCGUGCAAGACAGCAUGAACAGCGUCGGCGUACGCGUGCGGCGGUAUUACCGACCCGAAGAGUCGAUUGGGGGUCGCCGGAAGUUCCAUGGCAUCAAAGAGCUCUUCCUCUCUGACCAGUUCGAUGUUCAGUGUGCUGACGCCAUUGUAGGCAAGGUUGUUGUGCACUCUUUGAAGAACUAUUCUAAGCUUGAGAAUGUGGGUGCUGAGGAUUACUUCUGUAGAUUUGAAUACAAGGCUACUACUGGGGUUUUUUCUCCUGAUCGUGUUGCUGUGUAUUGCAAAUGUGAGAUGCCUUAUAAUCCUGAUGAACUCAUGGUGCAAUGUGAAGGGUGCAAGGAUUGGUUUCAUCCUGAAUGUUUGGAAAUGGCUGUGGAAGAAGCAAGGAGAUUGGAACCUUUUAUGUGUUCUGAAUGUGGGUUGGAGAAAGGUGGAGCCUAAGCGGCGGUGGAAGAGAAGAGAUGACCCUAAUGCAGAAUUUAGUCAUGCCAAAUCCAACUGGUCUAUGGUAAUUUCUGUGUGUGUGUGUUGUGCAGAUUCUUAUACAGGCUAUAAACAUGUUAAUAUUUGACUCAGAUUAUGUAUUUAUCGGUGUUCGAUUAUAUGACAGACAUUGUUCUGUUUUCAUGAAAAAAUAUUGUUGGAUGCUGUGGUGUUGGUAGUUGAGAAUGCUUGAAUUGAUUGGAUUAUGCCUCC